CCAGUUCUCUACAGGGAGCGUCUGAGACUCAAGGAAAUGACAAGUGAAUAAAACUCAAAACUGGAUAAUAUGAAAAUCAGAGUCUAGAGAGACUCUCCCGCUGCUGCUAGGAUGAGUGACAGAAGUGAACAGGAGAGGGCGGUCGCUGCAGGUCACAGACCAGAGGAUGAACAAUUUCGGUGGGUGACCAUGAAGAAAGACAAGGAAAUGGAUGGUCCUGGCAACAAAUCCUCUGAUGGAGAACCACCUGUAUUCAGCAGUGGACAAGACCACAGACUCCUUCGACCACAAUCACAGACAUACAGAGCUCCAUCUCCAGUGCCCAGCUGUUUGUCCAUGAAGAGUAACUGGUCCUUACCCUUACCUCCUGCAUUCAGCAGUGGACCAGAUCACAGACUCCCACAUCUGACUCGGGGUCAGUGUGGCGGUGAGCAGGUAAAGAGGAACCCAGCCAUCACCCCCUGUGGGCCCCUGAGCAAACAAGAAGAGCACCUAAGGAGAGUUAUAGAGAAUCAUAAAGCCAGUCUGAAGAGGAGGUUUGAGAACAUAUCUGAAGGCAUCAUCAAACCAGGAGAUGAAAUACUCCUCAGUAAGAUAUACACAGAGCUAUACAUCACAGAGGGAGAGAGUGAAGGGGUGAAUAAGGAUCAUGAGGUUUGGGAGGUAGAGUCAGCAUCUCGACGACAAACCACAGAAGACACACCAAUCAACUGCAAUGACAUAUUCAAACCCUUACCUGGACAGGAGAAGCACAUCAGAACUGUGAUGACCAAAGGUGUUGCUGGCAUUGGAAAAACAGUCUCAGUGCAGAAGUUCAUUCUUGACUGGACAGAUGGGGUAGCCAAUCAGGAUGUAGAUUUUAUGUUUCCCCUUCCUUUCCGUGAGCUGAAUUUAUUUAGGGGUGAUCAGUAUAGUCUUCACAAGCUCCUGCUUGAUUUCCACCCUGAACUGAACGAGCUGAAAGAUGGUGAAGGAUACAAAGACUGUCAGGUUGUGUUCAUCUUUGAUGGUUUGGACGAGAGUCGGUUGACUCUGGAUCUGGAACAGAACAGUAAGUUGUCUGAUAUAAAACAAACAUCAUCAGUUGAUGUUCUGAUGACGAGCCUCAUUCAGAGAACUCUGCUUCCCUCUGCACUUAUCUGGAUAACCUCACGACCAGCAGCAGCCAGUCAAAUUCCUGCUCAGUAUAUUGACCAGGUAACAGAAGUACGAGGAUUUAAUGACCCACAGAAGGAAGAGUACUUCAGGAAGAAAAUCAGUGAUGAGAAUCAGGCCAACAGAAUCAUCUCACACAUUAAGGUAUCUAGGAGUCUCCACAUCAUGUGCCACAUUCCUGUCUUCUGUUGGAUUGCAGCUACUGUACUUCAGCAGAUGCUGGAGAAGAAAAACAUCAAAUACAUUCCCAAAACGCUAACUGAGAUGUUCAUACACUUCUUGCUCAUUCAGACUACCAGGAAGGAUCAGAAAUAUCACGGUGGAACUAAAGCAAAUCAAAAGAAACUUCUGGAAUCUCAGAGAGAAAUGUUACUGAAGCUGGCAGAACUGGCUUUCAAGAGUUUGGAAAAUGGAAAUCUGAUGUUUUAUGAGGAAGAUCUUCAAAAGUGUGGCAUUGGUGUCCCUGAAGCCUCAGUGUACUCUGGCAUGUGCACUGAGAUCUUUAAGGAAGAAUCUGUGUUUCACCAGAAGAAAGUCUACUGCUUUGUGCAUCUGAGUGUUCAGGAGUUUCUGGCAGCUCUGUAUGUGUUUCACUCUUACAUGACUGAGAAUCUUGAAGCACUGAAAUCCUUCAUCAAUGACAAAUAUAGACAUAGGCAUGAUCCCAGCCCCUCAGUUGUAUCAUGUCUAUCAAUGCUGAGCUUAAGAUCACAGGAUCAUCUACAGGUCUUACUUAAGAGUGCAGUGGAUAAGGCAUUGGAGAGCAGGAAUGGACACCUCGAUCUUUUCCUUCGCUUCCUUAUGGGCAUCUCUCUGGAGAGCAAUCAGAGACUUUUGAAAGGUCUACUGAACUGCACACAUAGCAUGUCAAAGAGCAUUAAAGAAAUAUGUCAGUAUAUUAAGAAGCUCAACAGAGAAGAUCUCUCUCCAGAACGAUGCAUCAAUCUUUUUCACUGCUUAUUUGAAAUGAAUGAUCAUUCCAUGCAAAAUGAAAUUCAAAAUUACUUGUCUUCACCAAAGAACAUCAACCGGGAGUGGUCCCCUGCCCACUGUUCAGCAAUGGCCCACAUGCUUCUGAUGUCUGAGGAGGUGCUGGAGGAGUUUGACCUGAAGAAAUACAACACAUCAGAUGAGGGACGCAGGAGACUGCUCCCAGCUCUGAGGUUCUGCACAAAAGCACGACUUGCUUAUUGCAAACUCACACAUAAGUCCGGUGAGGAUGUGGCUUCAAUUCUACAGUCACCAAACUUCCUGAUAGAGCUGGACAUGAGUCACAAUGACCUGGGAGAUUCUGGAAUUCAGCUUCUCACUAAGGGACUGUCUAGUCCCCACUGCAAACUGCACACAUUAAGGCUCUCUGAUUGUUUCAUCUCAGAGAAGGGUUGUGGUUUUCUGGCUUCAGCAUUGACAUCAAACCCCUCCCACCUAAAAGAACUGGAUCUGAGCUACAAUCAUCCUGGGGAAUCAGGACUGGAGCUGUUAUCUGCUAGACAGAAGGAUCCUGUCUGUAAACUGGAGAUACUUAAAACUGACCAUGCAUCUUUAAACAGAGCACGACCACGUUUGCUGAUGUAUGCCUCUGAGCUCACACUGGACCCAAACACAGCACACAGAUAUCUCUCUCUCUCUGUGGGGAACAGAAAGGUGACAUGUGUGAGAGAUGAACAGCCGUAUCCUGACCACCCAGAGAGAUUUGACAGGUGGUUUCAGGUGUUGUGUAGAGAGAGUCUGUCUGGACGCUGUUACUGGGAGGCUGAGUGGAGUGGGGAUGGAGCUGGUAUAGCUGUGACCUAUAAAAGCAUCAAGAGGAAAGGGGGGGAUAAUGACAUCAGAAUGGAACGGAAUGCCAAGUCCUGGAGUCUGAACUGCACUCCUGACAGUUACUCUGCCUGGCACAAUAAUAAUUAUACUGCAAUACCUGCCCCCUCCUCCUGCUCCAGAAGAGUAGGAGUGUACCUGGACUGGCCGGCCGGCACUCUGUCCUUCUACAGCGUCUCCUCUGACACACUCACCCACCUGCACACAUUCCACUCCACAUUCACUGAGCCCCUCUGUCCAGGGUUUUGGACUGUCUCCUCAAUGUCCCUGUGCCAGAUCUCAUAAGCUCCUCCUCCAACAGGUACUUCCACCUGUCACCUGUUCAUACAGCAGUGGACCCGCUCUCUCACUCCACUCCUGUCUCUCUCUCUUCCCCCACUCUUCCUGAAACUUUUCUCAGUUUUCUUCCUCCUUUCUCUCUACCCCCUUUCUUCCUCACUUCCCUCUCUCAUUCUCUAUUUCUCCUCCAUCCGUCAUCUGUCCUUCUGAGGUCAUCUCUAUGUUCCCCGGGUCCUAUGUUCCCCGCUACCGGGGAACAUAGGACCCUUUUUUGAAAAAAGGGUCCUAUGUUCCCCGCUGCUUCCAAAUAGACUGCAGCAGCACGGCAAGGCGCUGACUGGACGCUGCUACUGGGAGGCAGAGUGGAACGGCUUAUCGGUCUACAUUGGAGCAGCAUACAGGAAACAAGGAAUAAAGGAGAGAGACUGUUGUCUGGGACUCAACGACAUAUCCUGGGGCCUGCUGUGUUUGUCAUUUGUCAGGUUAGACAAGCAGAACUACACUGCCAGCCAUGACCGUAAGGCCUUCCCCAAAGUUUCAACUAUGUUAACACGUCAACAGAGUAAGAGUGUUUCUAGACAGGGAGGCCGGAACUCUGUUCUUCUACAGAGAGGACCUCUAUGCAGGGUUUGGCUUUGUUUCUUCUCUGUCAACAUUUAUAGAUCCCAGUUCAGUUACAAUUUCUCUCUGUCAGGUUUGAGAGGUGUUUAACACACACUGCCAUCUACAGGCAGUAUCAAAAACAACAAACAACAGGCAACAAACUAAAAUGGGUAGUUUCACAAUUAUUAUCCACAUGUAUGGCUACAUAUGUGUGGUACAUGGAUUUUGAGAUACACACAUACACGUUUUCUUUUAGCACUAUUAACUUUAAAACUACUGCCUACUUGGACUGCCUGGAAUUGUUUGUCAUUUUCUUUACAUAAUGUUCAUAAUAGAGGU